AUGCUCCAUUUACUACCAAGUCCGGAGUUCGAGGAAUGGGUGUCGGGAGAUCAGCCGAGCGGAGAGAUAGCCCGCCGCACGCAGAAGUGGAGUCAAUACGGUGACGAGACGAUCUACAGGAAGACAGGGCCAUGCUGGGAGUUCGAGGGGGCACAAACAAGCAAGACGCUCAAGGGCCAAGGUGCACGGAGCAUUACGCCCUUCACACACGAUUUGGCCACGUCCAUGAACGAUGUCAGAAGAAAAGAACAGAGUCCAUACAAGAAAUCCACUGGCAGUUUGCCGGUUUGGAAACACUACGAGAAGGAAUUAGUACAGUUUGAAGUGGACGCCCCGUCCGUCAUUCUGCUGGACAAUUUUGAUGCUCACGUGUCCGAUGAUGGCAUCGAAGUCAUCUCGGAAACAACGUUUGCGUUCGCAGAAGAGUGCCUUUGCACUGAUGGGUGCAUUUGCAUUGUGGAGUGCAAAUGCGACGAGGUGUGCGUGUGCGGCGAGGGCAACGAGGAGCAACGUCAGUCACUUGCUCCAGAGAAGAGAAGAGCUACCAUUGAGCGAGUUAUCCGAGCAUUGGAGGAGCUGUCAAGCGUUCUUAUCAUUAAAAGUUUUAAGAAAGUUAUACCUAAACACCCGAAAGUUGAAGUUUAA